GGCUCCGCUCGCCGCGCAGGCCCCGCGCAGGCCCCGGCGCCAUGGCCGCGCUGCACGCCAAGGCGGGGGGUCCCCCGCAGAUCCCCGACACCCGCCGGGAGCUCGCCGAGCUGGUGAAACGCAAGCAGGAACUGGCGGAGACUUUGGCCAACCUGGAGCGGCAGAUCUACGCCUUCGAGGGCAGCUACCUGGAGGACACCCAGAUGUACGGGAACAUCAUCCGCGGCUGGGACCGCUACCUCACCAACCAGAAGAACUCCAACAGCAAAAACGAUCGGAGGAACCGCAAGUUCAAGGAGGCUGAGAGACUCUUCAGCAAGUCCUCAGUCACCUCGGCAGCGGCAGUCAGUGCAUUAGCUGGAGUUCAGGACCAGCUCAUUGAGAAGCGGGAGCCAGGCAGUGGCACAGAAAGUGACACUUCUCCAGACUUCCACAAUCAGGAGAAUGAGCCCAGCCAGGAGGAUGCCGAGGAGCUGGAUGGGUCUGUGCAGGGGGUGAAACCCCAAAAAGCUGCUUCCUCUACUUCUUCUGGGAGCCACCACAGCAGCCACAAAAAAAGAAAGAACAAAAAUCGACACAGGACUACUAGACUCAUCAGUGCUGAUGCUUCUGGGAUUUAGGUCUGCAAGAAUCCCCACUGGGACAAAUGGGAGUCGACUGAGUGAGCAGGAGAGCAGCUCUCUGCCCAAGAGGCUGCAGAUGGGAGUAGCUCACUCUAAAGAACUUAGAUGGGGGGACAACAUCUUGGACCAUGUACUUUGCAACGUUUUGAAAUCACCUGAGUUGCAGGAAGACUAAGGUGGUGUAGUAUUAGUAGUAGUAGUCUUGAAGUCCUGACUCUUCUGUGCUUCCACCUCAGUCAGGAACUUCCUAAAAUUGGCUGAUUUUGCUGCUGCCACCCCUGUCACCUGGAAACUCAUGGGGAAGUCUUUCUUUUUGCCACUGGAACUGGGCUAUGAUUCAAUCUGUCCCAUCCAUGUUGUAAGACUUAAAUUACUUUUGUUGCUGAUACCUAGCUUUGUAGUUUCACUUUUGUUUUGUUUGGGUUUUUUGGUUUCAUUGUUUUUUUUGUUUGUUUUUUAAACCAAAGUGUAUAGUUAACAAAACGACUUUUGGUUGGUUUCUCUGUUUCAGUCCAUGUAGAGUGGCACCUUCUUUGGUUUGUGGAACAGCUCAUUUUGCUUUUGCUCAAGUGGAGAAGGAGGUGGUUAACCCUUUCAUUUUGAACACCAUCCCCUAAAAUGUAGGCAGUGCUUUUAGGUGCAGGGAAGGCUGGAGCUCAAAGCAAUCUUGCUCUUUGCUAUCUUUGAGGUGGGGUGGAUUAUCUUUUUAAUACAAACUUCUGUCAUUUGUACAUAAACAAUAAAAGUUCCAUGUUUGUCCCUCUU